CCUUGAGAGUUCACUCAACAACAGCCAGGAUUUUGAUUGUCAUAUGGGGUUGUCAUUGUUGUGUCAUGUGAUGGAGAGUCAGUUCACUCAUCCAGGCACUUUUACACAGGGAAUAAAUGAGUCUAGUGCAUUAGUAGAGGAGCAAGGCCCUCCCCCCGAGCUUGGAAGGACCAGAAGUAUACAGCUGGAGUAUAAGAUUGACUGUGAUUCAGAUGAGCUGUUUGGAUUUACCUCAGAUGACAGUAAAGACUAUGUUCCUGAGUUCAUCUGUAGUGAAGAUUCAUGGGCGUCAAAAGAAAGUCAUGUUCUUCAGACAGCUGAGGAAAUGAACAACCUCUCAACAUUAUAUUCCAACAUAGGGAGCACUUCACCUGUGAAAGAAGGAAAACAGUUGUCUGACAGAGGCAGGUCUCUGUCCAAAAGCUCCCCAAAGCCACGUAAAAGGAGAAGGAUAAGUCCAUCCUGCCCAGCCCCACACAGCAGAUCCCCUUCUCCAAAACAGCAAGAAGAAAGUGAGGAGCAACAGUGCAGUUCUUCUUCUCCGCCUGAUUCCGUCCCAGUCUCACUGAAAGUGCCGGCAGUCAGGAGAAAGCAGGAUGGCUCACGUCUGUAUGAUAAGAAACAAUAUUGCUUGUUCUGUAAAGGAGUGGUGAGAUUGUCCAGGCAUUUGGAGCUUGUUCAUAAAAAUGAACGUGAGGUAGCACAAGCCCUGUCUUAUGAUAAAGGAUCAAAAGAAAGAAACCUCCAUUUCGAACAUCUGCGAAACAGAGGAAAUUUUGCCCACAAUAUUGAAGUGUUACAGGCAGGUACAGGUCACCUUGUUCCUCGAAAGCAACCACGAGAGGAUACAGAUGCCAAGGAUUUCCUGCAUUGUAGCCAUUGUCAAGGUCUCUUCAGAAAGAAAAUUCUUAGGAAACACAUGUCAAAAUGCAAGUUUAAGCCUCCCGAUCAACCAAAGAGAGGGAAAACUGCUGCACCUCCUCCUCUUGGUCUUAAUGAAGACUUCUGGAAGCUCUUAAGCAACAUGGUGAAUGAUGAAGUGACUAUUGUAGUGAAAACGGAUCAGUGUAUCCUGGAGUUUGGCCUGUGGAGCAAAAAACCCAGAUACCCUCACCUCAACCAAACUGCGCAAACAAACAGCAACUUUGUCACAAGUUCUAAACCUCAGCAACACAGAGUUGGAUCAGCUGGCUGA